UGGCGUUACUGACUCGUUAAGCUACGUAAUUAAGUCAUAAUUAAAAGAUAAUCAAGACGUAAAACGAUCCGAAAGCACAUAUCAAACAGGGCAUAAUGCUGAAAAACCAGGUUUUGAUGAGACCUUUGAUUAGAGGUUCUCAAUUGAGAAACGUGCCGAGAUGUACACCCUUUCUACAACAUAUGAUACCUAUCAGAACGUAUGGACAUGUUCCGGUUAGGUCUGUAAAUAAAAGGACCUCAUCACUUUCGAGCCCCAUGUUGAAGAGUGCAUAUUUUGGUAUGAAGUAUGGGUUCCCUAUGAGGUACUCAACUCAGGCACCUGGAGAAUCCCAGAAACGGAGUGCCGCAGAACCUCCUAAACCUGAACAAAAGCCUGUGACUCCAGCAAAAAAACCUUCCAUGUGGCAGCGGCUAAAGGGGGGUGUUUUACACUUUUGGGAUGGAACCAAGCUUCUUGGUGUUGAAAUUAAAAUCUCCUCAAAACUUGUCUACAAAAUGGCAGUUGGUUACGAAAUGACCAGACGUGAAAGCCGUCAAUUGACUCGAACUCUCAAAGAUAUUGGUCGCCUUGUUCCGUUCUCGAUGUUCGUUAUUGUUCCCUUUGCUGAAUUGCUUUUACCUAUAGCUGUCAAACUGUUCCCCAACCUUCUUCCCAGUACUUUUGAGGACCCUAAAGAUAAACAAGCGAAGAAGGAAAAGCUCCGUAAAGUGCGUUCCGACGUUUCCGGAGUGCUUCGGGAUACUAUUAAAUCUGGUAAAUUCACCUUCUCUGACGAAACCAGCAAAUCUAAGGAAUUCCGUGAUUUCUUCCUAAAAGUUCGUACUAGCGGUCAAUCUCCUUCCCGUGAAGAGUUAAUUAAUGUUUGUCAAUAUUUCAAGGAUGACAUUACUCUUGACAACUUAUCUCGUGCCCAAUUAAUUGCUCUUUGCAGAUACAUGAAUUUGAAUGCUUUUGGUACUGAUCCAUUGCUUCGUUACAACAUUCGCUCUAGAAUGCGUCAAAUUCGCCGAGAUGAUCGUGCCAUCUAUAUUGAGGGUAUUAAUUCCUUGUCUGUUCCCGAACUCUUCAAUGCUUGCAACUCUCGUGGUAUCCGUUCUCAAGGACUUUCUCCUGCUAAGCUCAAGGACGAAAUGUCUGUAUGGUUGGAAAUGCGUAUCAAGCAUGGAAUUCCAUCUGUUAUUUUGAUGCUCUCCAACGCUUUCUCUUAUGGAUACCACGAAGGUACUUAUGAAUCUCGUUGGGAUGCUUUACAGGAUACACUUGCUUCAAUUCCUGACGAACUCUACCACGAAACUGUCGUCGAUAUGCCCAGCGAAGAAAUCUCGAAUAAGCAACGUCUUGAAAUUUUGAGAGAACAAGAAGAACUCAUCGAAGAAGAAGCCGAAAAUCCUGAUGUUGCAAACAAGAUCAAGGAUGCUGGUGGUGGUUCCUCUGCACCUGCUAAACCAAAAGACAGCAAAAAAGAAUAAACUGGUUUUUGGUAACUUCAUGAGCAUAAACUUACAUUCGAACCAUUAGAAAAUAUCAGGGGCGUCAGUUGGAGAGCUCCUGGUCUCCCAUCUCUCCUUUUUCUUUUAUUAUUUAAAGUUAUGUCUUUUACAGUUUCUUUUUGAUUACUUCCUAGUUGUUAAUGCACUUUCAUGGUUACCUGCUUAGCAAUUUUUGAUUUCUGCGUUAAAAAUGGACGAAUAGGUUUUUUGAAUUUUACAUAAGCAUUGAAUGUUACGAUUAGUAGUAGAUAAAACGCAUAGGAGAUAUGAACGUUGGAUUUUUUGAUACUAGACAAUAUUCUAAAUAGAAGGCAUUCCUUCAUUUUAAGAUUCGUAAAGUGAUAAUGUAUAAAUAUAUAUAUAUAUAUAAUUACAAGCAUAAGGCCAAGAAACGAUGGAAUU